AAAAUGGGUCCAGAAGAUCCGCCCCCCCCUUUUGAUACAAAGAGAACUACGAUACUUCUUUUUGAUAAAUUACAUAUUCUACCCCUACGCCUUUGUAAAAUGCAGAUGCUCCAAUAAAGGUGAUGCAAGUAGGGUUUUACGGGAUCUAUUUAAGUCGUCCCUACGGUUGUCGCUUGACGCGCCGACGCGAUGCUUCACUCCCUGGUCCGCCGCCAUGCGCUCCCUCCGUCGACGCAACUCCGUUGCGUCUUCUUCUCCACCGGCACAUACGUCUCCUCCUCAGGCACUACCGCUUCUCCCGAUCCCCAUUUCAUGGUCGAGUACCUCGUGAAUACAUGGGGGUUCUCCGCCGACGACGCUUCCAAGGUCUCAAAGUCGCUCCCCUGCUUUCAGUCCACCGAGAAGCCCGAUGCUGUUCUUGGAUUCUUCAGAUCUCAUGGCCUUGAUGGUGCUAAUCUCAGAAAGAUAAUAUCUUGGAGGCCAGGAUUUCUCUGCGGGGAUGUGGAGAACAGUCUCGCUCCAAAGUUUAAAAUUUUGCGCGACAUGGGGUUAUCUGAGUCCGACAUCGCCAAUGCCGUUUUGCGGCACCCCUUCAUUCUCUACCUCGACGCCCAGAACGCGCUUCUCCCCAGAUUGAAGGCUUGGGAAAGUUUAUUUGGAUCGAAGGAGAUCCUCCUCAGGAAUCUCCGGGGCUAUAAUAGGUUUUUGAGCGCCAGCAUUGAGAAUGUGAAUCCUGAAUCCCUCCGGGCUUUGGUAGAUAGAGCUGAGGGGCUUGGAGUUCCUCGAGGAUCUGGAAUGUUCCUCUGGAUUCUUGAUGUCCUGCAACAGGUGAGCACGGAAAAAUUUGAGGCCCAACUCAAGCUCAUGAACAAUUUUGGUUUGUCGAACUCAGAUUUCAUUUCUGCAAUCAAGAAAUUUCCACGCUUUUUACUCCUUUCCACAGAGUCAUUGCAGAGAAAGAUGGAAUUUUUGGUCAAUGUUGUUGGAAGUUCACCUUCAGACGUUGCUCUCCGCCCGGUACCUUUAGUGCUAUGUUUGGAAAAGAGAUUAAUUCCUCGAUUUCGUGUGAUGGAGAUAUUGAAAGCUGAAGGGUUAUGGAAAUCAACAAACAAGUUACAUGUAUUUUUCUCAUCAUCUGGUCCAAAAUUUUUGAAGCAGUAUGUGCUCCCUUAUGAAGAUAAAUUACCCAAACUGCGUGAAGUCUUGUGAGUUGUAGCUGGGUUCAAAGGGAAUAAUCCAAACUGCUAACGAAUGCAAGAUUUACAUAGGUUUGAUUUUUAUGACUGGAUAAGCAAUGAUAUUGAACCAAUUUUGUCCUAGUUUUCAUAUGGUUUACUUGCCGUAUUCAUAUUCUAGCCAUGAGGAUGUUAGGUUUUCUGAGUUCCAUUUGCAAUCGGAUUGAGUUGAAAUGGAUUUCUUGUAGUACCUUAUCAGUUGAACUCCUUCCAAUGAGAAGAUAUUUGUCGUUUAGAAUCAUCAAAGGAGAAUGUUUUUCCCCCUUUGACAAGCAGAGUUGGAUUUAAGUCUGAAAACAUUACCCAUCUGCCAAGAUUACAGAGAAACCAUUUUUAAUUUUCAUAUUCUGUAUCAUACAUGGCGUUGUUACUGUAGACAUGAGAAUGUUAGUCUUUCUGAGUUCCAUUUUGAAACUCGAUUGAGUUAAAAAGGAUUUGUUGAGCAAGCAAAGUCAGAUGUAUGCUGCUGGGCUACACUACCCAUCUGCAAGGUCAUAGAGAACCCAAUUUCUUUCAAAUUAGUUGUAACAUCAAUCAUUUUAAUACUUUUGAAAGUCGAAGGAGCUUGAAGCCAUGUGAGUUGUAGCUGAGUUUGAAGGAAUAACCAACAGCUGAAGGGUUUAUUUGUGUAUGAGUUUCUUUUCAAUGAUAUUGAACCAUUCUUGCUCUAGUUUCUCAUAUAGUUUGCUUAUUACUUUCCUAGUUCGUCAAUUAUAAAGGUAACUGCUAAUGUAAACAUGAGGAUGCUAUAUUUAUACAAAAUUCCUUUUUUUACAA